AUGAACUCAUAUUAAAUUAUAAAGAAAUGGAUUGUAAAUAGAAAAUAUAUUCAAAAACAAAAAAUAAAAAAAAAAUUUAAUAAGAAAAGGAUUGAGAAGAAAUAAUAAAAAAAGCACGGAAUAGCGCCCAGAGUAAUGGUUUCCUGGAAAGAAGUAACUCUUUGGCAAGUCCGUUUAAUUAAACAAAGGGUAUUAUUAUAUAUAUUGAUAAAAUUAAUAGAGUUAUUAUUAUGGGUUAAAGAUUAUUAAUUUUAAGAGGCUUAAAAAUAAUAUUAAGUUUUAAAAGAUGGAUAUAAAAUGAAUUAAGUAUAUAUUGAAAUAUUAGAUUUAAUACAUAUAUAUAGAUAAUAUUUCAAAAAGUCUUAGAAAAAAUAGUUGAGAAAUUAAUAAUAUUAUUUUUAUAUAUAAUUAUAUACCAAAAUUAUUGUGAAAAUAUUUAUCAGAUUUAAUAAAGAUAUUAUUAAUUUGUAAGAAUAUUAAAUGGCACCAUAACCAGAACCAAAUAAUCAAAACAGUCAAUCUGUUGAAAAUAAAGAAGUAUAAAGUUAUUAUUAAUAUAUAGGUUUUUAGAUUCAUUUACAAGAAUAAGGAAUACGAUGUGACAGAAUAUGUUCCUAAACAUCCAGCUGGUAAAUCUUUUUUUGACAAAAUGAAGGACGAGAAAUAAGAUUUUACAGAAUAUUUUAGGUAAUUAAAUAUUAUUAUUGAUAAUUUAGAUGUCUCCAUUCCAAAAAAGCUUUGAAAAUAUUAAAAUCCUAAAAAGUUGUGAAUUCAAAUUUGAAAGAAUCAGAAGAAAGCAAAUAAUAUUCUCAUAUAAAAAAAUAAGUAAAAAAGCUUUUUGAACCUGAUUGGACAAUAGAACUUGUUCUUUUUAUUGGAUUGAGUUUAGGUUUAUAUUUAGGAGUAACUAGUGAAUGGUAUAUUGCAAUUCCAACAAUUGCAUUGACAUAAAUUGUGGCUGGGUAAACAUAAAAUAAUAUUUUUAGAUGGUAAGGACAUUCAACUAAUCACAAUAGAAAUCCAUUAUUAUAUAAAUUAUCUAUUCCAUAUGGAAUUAUUCAUGGUUUUUCUACAGAUUGGUGGUAAUUCAAACACAAUAAUCAUCAUAUCUUUACAAAUAGAAUUGGAAAAGAUGAUGAUAUAAAUCAUUAAUAUUAAAUGUGGUAAUAUGGGUUCCUCUAUUUGAAGUAUUUAAAUAUUAAUUAUUUUAGAUGGAAAUUCGAUUCUUUUCUCGUAUCCUAUAAUAAAAUCGACAUUAUCUAUAUAUUUAUUCAUCAACUAAUUGUAUUCUAACAAAAAAUUUGGAUUUAUGUUGUUGCAUAAUAUAUAGCAGGAUUCUUUAGUGCAUGUAUAUUGAUAGGAAAUCAUGAAAGAGAAUAUAAAUUCUUUGAUAAAAUUGAUAAACCAUUUAUUCAACAUUAAAUCAUCACAUCUAGAAAUUAUGAUUGGACUGGUAAUAUUAUUUAUUUAAUCUUUUAGAUUGGUUAUCUAAUUUAUUAAUGGGAGGAAUGUAGUUUUAAACUGAACAUCAUUUGUUUCCUUAGAUUCCUUUCUAUAGAUUGCCUUAUGCAGCUAAAAUUAUCAAUAGAGAAUUAAAUAAAUUUGGUUAUAAAAUACAUGUUGGUAAAAUAUUAUGAU